CAAAAUCUACCACCACUACUACUGGCAUCCUCCCCGGACAUGUACUUGUUGGUCUCAGGCAUCCAGGCCGCUCGAGACUAUGCUUCUUCCCAUCAGGCCUCUCUGCAUCUCUGGCUCUCCCCUGCCUACUCGGCGCCCGGUCCCGCAACCAUUCCAGAUGAAUCCUACUAGUAGGGUUUGCAAAUUCGAAGAAUAUAUUCUCCAACAAAAGGAAUCGCCUUUGCUUCGGCUUUUUCUGGCUUAGCGAAAUGCCACUCUAGCUGCAGCUCCGAUAGCAAGAAUAGAACAUCUGGUGUUGCUACCCGAAGAUUUUUGUUGUCGACCAUCAUUUACCGUCCUCGUCUUCGUUUCUUGCGUUGCUGGUUCGCAUCUGUUGUUUAUUGUUUGCUGAUACUGUGAUACGGGUGUCCCUACAUAUGUCAGUUUCGGCCGGCACAUGGCAAUCACAGUGCAUAGGUCUCGUUUCAGCAAUGGAAAGAUGUGACAUGGCCUCUAUGGGCGCUUAACCCGCCAAUCUUGCAACCAGUGUUGGCCGAGCUUUCACCUCUAGCAAGAACGAUCUACUAUGGAUAUGCGGUCCGCGUCUUCAUCCGAUCAGGCUCAGUCCUCAUCAAGGCACUCUAUAGCCUACCUUCCCCCUCCCCCUCCUCCGCGACGUAUUCAGAGGGAUGGACAAUUUUCAAGCUCUCCAGUGCGGCAUGGGGGAGUUCCAGUACCACCUCCAUUGAUGAUCAGUGCCACACCAGCUCGUGGUCUAGGAGUGCAGACUCCCAGAUCGGCCACUUCAUUGUAUGGCCCAUACUCGCCGAGCUAUUCUCCAUCGCCCGGACCGAGUCCGAGAAACGUGUUACCAAUGUCUGCAAGAGCAGCAGGAAAUUAUGGUGCGCCCUAUGAUCCCAGGGAAUGGUUUGGUGGGAGUCGGCAAGAAUUACUCGUGGCAGAUGGUCCUGACUAUGGGCUUCGCGCCGAAGACGGACUUUCUAAUCCACCGCCUCCGUACACGGCUCCAUCGACGCAAACUAGCAUCAUAUGCACCUGUGCUGGUCCAGGGAUCUCGCCUACAAUUUCGAAUUUUGUCGACGGCGACAACUCACGCAUAUCGACGCCCACAAGUACGGCAGGGGUCGUUCCCCCCUUCAAUAAUCCAUCGGCUUCAAUGAGCGGCAAUGACCAACUCGCCACAGGUACCGGUAGUGCGGCAAACUUUAGACAACCUCCUCGCUCCAGUAAGCUGGAAACGCGGAUGGCGCGUGCAAGAGUCACCUCGCAGCUUAUAGAAUCACGACGUGAUUCCUCUCAGGGUGUUACUAGACCGCUUUCUAUGGCAAAUCUCUCAAUUGAUACAGCUGCUGCGCAACAGUUACUAGCUCCGGUAGCCCCGGGGAUCAUGCAGGAUCACACAGGCCUUUUUCCAGGUCCGCCAGCAGCCAGAAGAGCAGCCUCUACUGGAGCAAUCCAAUCUCAGGGAGAAUCAAGCCAAAGCCAGGACGCGACCAGGCCAGAAUUAUCUUCCAGGCAAGUGAGCUGGCAGCCUGGAAUGCCAUUGCCAGGCCCUCCUCCAGGGCCACCUCCCUCUUCGUCGAGAUCCCAGAGUGCCACGGGAGCUCGUAACCUUCCUCAAGUGCAGAGUACUGGAUCCAGCUCCCGGCCCAAUAGUUAUCGUGUGCCACUGCGCCCGUCGGUCCUGAGUCCACUCCCUCCAACCCCGGCGAAUUGGAGCGAGGACGCCUCCGAGCGGCCUUCAGGGAGAGUGCCAAUGUCACUACAUAUAGAAACAAAAAACCUUGACAGGCCUGUUUCUCUGCCCGUGGGGUUGAAUCGAAGUACUGCACUCCGGGUCACCUCGGCGAGAGGAUUGUUGGAGCGACGGAAACAGAGAAGAAGCUUGUAUGAAGCACAGGCAGCAGAGAGCAGUGAUCUGACUGCCGAGACGGACCCCUGGGAAGAGACCAUGAGCCCUGCCGGCAUCAUCAAUGACCAUUCGCCUACGCCAGAGUCUGCCGGGGCUGUAUCAGCCAUAUCAGACAGCGGUCGACGUGAUGUCCGCAGACGUAGCAGGUCGAUCAACCCAGAGCAGCGCUUUGGAGAAACGGAUCAAUUUUCUCUGUCGACAUUCGGCCGGAGUGCGCCUUUGAGCACAGCAACCAACAGCGGUAAUGGUCCUCCACGAGCAUCUUCCAAAGCGCUACCAACCCCUCCCCUGAGCCAGAAAAACCCAGCCUCCGCCCACAGUAUCAUUCCAUCGAACGCAUCGUCGAUUUCGGAGCUGGGCCGGGGCGAGGUGGACUCAUUCAUCGCCGAGGCAUCGCGGAGGCAUCACGAGUUUCUGUUGCUGGAGAGACAGGCAACAUCUGAUCUAGAACGGUUGCAGCUGUUCACAGAAUUCGUGCUCGAAGAAGCUCGAAUCCGAAGGCAACGUUAUCCCGCACCAUUUGUAGAAGGGAGUUUCGAUGUGGAAGAAGUUAGGAAGCUGCUGUUUGAUGACGACGUUGAUGUCGGGACGAUUGAUGCCAAGCGUGAAAGCAGCCAGUCGAGGCAGCAGAGAAACGAGAUGCCAGCGUCUCCACAUCCGGACGCGUUGUGGUGGAAAGACUAUCGACCGGCUCUCUCGCCAAUUGCCAGUAUGAGCAACGACGAGUUGAGUUCUCGCGGGCGUACAGCCAGCCGAUGGUGGCAGUCUCAAACUGGAUCCGAAGGUGAUGGGGACGCCAAAAAGAUGAAACGAACGAAGCGGGAGUCCAAGUACAUGGGUCUGGCGACGCUUUCGGUACAGGAAGUCCUCUCGGAGGCGCCAACGCCACGGGACUUCAAUGACACAUACCAGGCGGACGACACAUAUCCAGAGGAAAAGGGCAACCCAGAAGCUCUGGGGAUUUACGACGACGACAACGCCCCAGUGUCGACGUCGAAGAGAUCGUCCUUUAACCCGUAUGCGUCGCCGCUCCUGGAUAUAUCACGAUUCAUUACCUUACCUCCACCAUAUCCGAGACAUUACCCUGCCAUAAAUAACGGGCAUCCGCGACUAUCAACCUAUCGAAAUGCCGUUCGGACACUGAGCGACUUGAGCGAAUUGCAGAGCCGCAGGGGCCGACACAACGUAGCUGUUGAGGCGCUCCGGGCCGAGCAUGUGCGGAAAGCCAAAGAGAGACAGCAGUCUUUUCAGGUCCAUGUCCAAGCGCAGAUCAAGGAAGGGAGCAUCAGCUAUGCUGAGGCGGCUGAAGCGGAGCAAGCUUUGCGGAUGGAAGACCACAAGUGUGAGAAAGAGUGCUUGCAAGCGGAGUCCGACACACUGCAGGAUGUACUGAUCAACCCAAUGCACGAGAUGCUGAAUGAUCGUCUUGCACAACUCAACACCAGGAUCAAUGAGUUGACGGAAGAGUUGGUGGAAGAAAUGCACGCGCAAAAUGUCGACCGGCCUCAACAGGAGGGAGAUGCCAUGCCGGAGAUCUUGGAGUACCUUACACAACUCAAAUGGCUCAUUGAGACACGGGAGCAUAUGCACCGAGAGAUCUUCGAUCUCUUGAGCGAGCGCAACGAGAAGUACAAGGCGAUAGUACUGCUUCCCUACCGCCAGGCCAACAAUCUGGACAAGAUCAGGGACACAGAAGGAUUCUUCGCAGAGGACCGCCUUGAGCGACGCAAGGAAUUCUUCGCCGCAGCCGCGGUCCGAUACGAGAAGUUUGUUGAGCUGGUGGCUGAGAACGUGGCUCGAGAGGUGGAAUUGCAAUCAUCCGCCUUUUGGGACAUCGCUCCGGGGCUGGCGGAACUGGUGCAAAGACUGCCAGAUGAAGCGGAGCAGCUGGGAGCCAUCAAGAUACCGGAAUCCGAAUAUGCGGAAAAUCCCAGCUAUCGUGAAUUCCCGCAGCAGUACCUGUAUUCACUCCUACAGCAUGCCGAAAAAUCAACUUACCAGUUCAUUGAGUCGCAGAUCAGCCUGCAUUGCCUGCUACAUGAGGUCAAGGGGGCUCUGAUUGGCGCGCGCUAUCGGGCGGCUGAAGCUACGAAAGCUCGCUCGACUGGAGAUGAAAAGCACAGUGGAAGUUUACUAGACGCCACUGGCAGAUGGCGGGAUGAGCAAGAUGCUACGGCGACUGCCGAGUUGAAACAACAGGUGACGAUGAUUGAAGAACAAUGGGCCGAAGCCUUGGGUAGUGCCUUGCAAGCCAAGAAAGCACAGGUUAAGGCAUGUCUGGAGAGUGUCGGAGGAUGGGACGAGGCGCUGCAGGUUGAAGGAUGAGAGAGGAUAUACAGUGGUACUACUAUCAUAUAAACGAUACCCCAUGACUUGACGGACGACUUAACGAAUGCAAUAUUGAAUGAAAUACUGGUAGGGUGCGGUCUGGGAUACCCAGCAAUACACUCAAAGGUCUUGCUCGGGAGACACUUGAACAGGGGGAGGAUUGGGCAGGGCCAAAGGUUAUACCAACUUCAGGGGUGUUGUCUCUUCAACAAUACUACCGUGUAUACUGCCCAAUAAUCUGUACCGUGGUCAUAAGCGGCACGGCCCUGCAGUGUGUCAAGGCUGCCAGUUGAGAUCCCCCCAUUCCGUAAAUACCCGAGGAAGACGUUGCCAGCGGUUGGAUCCUCGGGUUGAUGAGCCCGAGGGCCCCGAG